AUUGUUUUAUUUGAAUUAUUAACUACCACCACUAAAGUUUCUGAGAUCACUUCACGUAUAAGAGCAAAUUGCGUGGCAAAUUACUUGUGUUUAUAUAUACACCGACGUCAGAGCGCUGCUCCGAUCAAAUAAAGUGCCAUAAUUGUGUAAUAACUAAUUAUAUUUAUUUUAUUCUUCACCAUGCGAAGACAAUGGCUCGGGGUACUGGGACAACUUGGCAGACACAGCCAAACAUUCGUAACGACUGCUUCAAGGAGAACACCAUUUGCAUACGACCUGCAUUUGAAGUCCGGCGCCUUCACAUGCCGAAGCUAUUCCAAAGUCAAUACUCCUCACCUCAGCUCGGAGCGGGCCACGGAACUGCUUGGCAACCUGGAUGAUGAGGAGCUGAAAAAUCUGCGCGGUGCCUUGGGAAAAUUAGAUUCUGACAAGGAGAAGAAACAUUUUGAAAGCCAGCUGGCCGUUGGCAGUUGGCGUACUCGGUUUGGACGCCUCUCGAACAAGCCUACCUUGGGCCAGGUGGAUCCAUCCGGCACCUUUUGUGCCGUCCCAGACGACUGGAUGCGCAAAAAACUGUUGGAAACGGCACCCUCCCCUACAUUUGGACAAUUGUCCAGCAUUUUAUUCGUAAAUGCUGUGCCCUUCAUAGCCUUCGGAUUCCUAGACAACUUCAUCAUGAUAACGGCAGGAGAAUCCAUUGAAUUUUAUUUAGGCCACUUUGUUGUUUUGUCCACAAUGGCAGCCGCCGGUCUGGGCAACACCAUCAGUGAUGUAAUAGGAAUAAUGACCGCGACCUAUGUCGAGAGCGGAUGUGAAAUAUUAGGCCUAAAACCGCCUAAGCUAACGCCCGCCCAAUUCGAGUUGAAGUCUACUAAACGAGCCGCCAGUUAUGGACGCGUUAUAGGAAUCACUCUCGGCUGUCUUCUGGGCAUGUGCCCGUUGUGGUUUACGGACGAAAAAAAGGAGAAUGAGGACUCUGAUAGUACUGUGGCUGUGACUGUUACUGAUUGAAGUGCCUUAGCGUAGUAACGCGAUCCAGGGUAUUGGUCUACAGGAAUAUGGAUAAGGAAAAUUGCAAGCCUACAGGGACAAAAAAUAAAGGAUAAAUCGAAAGUAAUGACGCGGAAAAGUACUUAGCUGAAUGCGUUUGGGCAAGUCAGGAUAUCGUGCGCCUGCGAUGAACAACAAAAAGGAUGCUGCCAACUAAUCAGGACUUAAAGUUGAAGGAAAUCCUUGCAAAGGAAUUCAGGGAAUCCCGGUACCCCCAACGGGAAUAUUUUUUUCAAUUCCGUUCAGAGGCUAAAAAUAGAGUCGAACGAGUCUGACCUAUCUCAAUGCUGUGCAAAUCGCUUAACAAUAGAUCAGUAUUCAAUUAACAAGUGUUCCAUUAUUUUUACUUAGUUAUUUUUACACCACUUGAAUAUUCUCUGUUGAAACUUAUACCUUAAAUCACAUCUAAGACUCACAAUUGACCAAAAUUUUAAACUUUGUAAAGGACUACUAAUAACUUGAGCUUUGUCGCUUCCGGUUCCCGGUUGGCACACAGCCCUAGAUUUUUAACUGUAUAUACCGCAUAGCCUGAUUAAAUUAUUUUAAAAUAAAUGUUAAAUAAAUAAAACGAAAAAUUGUCGA